GUCUGAACUACCUCCGGUCUGAAAGCAGCUUUGUUCUUGGCGAAGUGACCACAAACUCCUGCUUCGACUGCUUUUAUCUGAACACAAGACACACAGUUUACUGCCAUCAGAAUCGGUCAUGAGAGCAUGAAGGACGACGCAGCGAGACGAAGAGGAGAGGUGGACGGUUCAUCUUUUCUCUACCUGAGCUACCGGCUGCUUGGAGUGCUGCUGGAGACGACAGACUGAGAUGCCACCGACUGACUCCUCCACAGGUACAGUGUGUUGAGUGUGCAGCAGAGCUCAGCCAUGUCUCCCAUCAACUCCACCCAGCUGCAGUCGCUGCUGCUCUCCUUCCUGCAGCGAUGCCUCAACAGCACCAGCACGCAGCCUCACAACUACACUACCCAGCAGGCCGUGCAGCACGCGGUCCUCGCUCAGUCUCAGGGCAUCAUGUACAUCCUCCUGGUGGUCGGCCUGUUCAGCUUCUUCACCUUCGGCAUCAUGUUUAGCUACAUUCGCUCCAAGAAGCUGGAGAGCUCUCAGGAUCCGUACCACCAGUACAUCGCCCACGACUGGACCUCCGUCAGCGCUCCGUCCAGGGCCGUCGCUCAGGCUCUGCACAGCGCCGCCAACAAGGAGCCCGUCGUCAUCUGCAACCCUGCAACACAACAGCAGCUGCCAGACUAGAAGCAGACAUUCAGAACAUUUCACACGUUCAGAGAUUCCCUUUAAUUAACUUUUAAUGUCACAUAGCAACCAAAAGUUACAGUGUCGGGUUUGUAUUUUCUAAUCAGUAAUUUCACAGAAACAUAUUCCUGCAGUUUAUCACACUUUCUCAGUGCUGUUCUUCUGCUCACACCUGAGGUCUUUUCUACGAAGCAGGUUCAACAUAUCCAGGAAAUCUUUUUGUUCUCUGGCUUCACUUAACCAAACAAACGGCAGCAACAAGUGUGUCAAAGCUGCUUAGAUGUAGGUUUUAUAUUCUAGAUUUAGUAUAUUGUGAUGUCUCAGAAGACUGCAGAACAAAAUCAAACCCAAAAUAUUUAAUCUUUUGAACUCCACCCAGAAGUUUCUGGGUGUCUUUUUGGCUCCCUUCUCAUUUAUUAUUUUUUACAUUUCAGUAUUUGUCUGCUGUUGAUACAUCCUGAAUUUUUGGCACGUGCCUGUUGGUGACAGCUGAGUCUGUCGUGGCUUCUCAGUUGCACCAAUGGCCGCAAUUUUUAUUCUUUUUUACAGAAUCUGGUUGCUGCAAACAGCUUAUUUAUCGCUGAUUUUUAAAUAAAACACAUAGAACAAAGUAAUUUUGAUGAAAUAUUGUGCUUUAAGCUCAAAUGUGGUUGUUUUUCCUCUCCAAACCAAAAGUCACAUAUGAUAUGUUGACUGUUGGAGAGUUAAAAAUCUAAUAAUUAUAAUUAAUGCAAUUCAUUCUUCCAGCACAUUCUGAGAUUCAGGAGGUAAAGAAUAAAUAAAUCACUAAUAAAGAUAAAACCAUUUUCAUAGCAAUGUGGAGGAUGAAUUCUGUAAUUUAAAACUUCAAGUCUCAGCUUUAGCCUCAUUCGUUCAGCUGCUUGCUGAUGUUAAACUGUUCUGAGAAACAGAAAGAACAAAUAUAAAAACAAAACCCAAACUAUUAAGGGGGCUUACUGAAAACCUUAUAAGGUCAACAUGCCGGUUCUAAAGCAUUAAUGCUUUAAUCCGUUUCUCUUUUAGGAUUAUAUUGUUCUACAAAGGCCUAUAGAGCAAAGAAAUUACUCUGACAUUGCUGCAGCUCAAAAAACUCUCCUUAGAGACUCUACUGGUCAAUAGGGGAUUUCUGUUUGUGUUCAUCUCAAAACAUAAUCUGCUCCAGAGGAGGUGAGGAGUUCAGUAUAAGUCACACGGGGAUAAUGAGAGGUGAACUACUGUUGUGUUCAUGGAAACCCAAAAUAAACAUGAAGUUACCUCAAUAACCUCAAAUCCUGCUUCGUAGCACAGACCUCUGAUUACACAACUGCACAUUUAGGCAACAACUUUCUUCCUUGUGUCUGAAAAUAACUAAAAGGCAUCAUUAUCUUUGAUUCUGUGUGCAAAUAUGCAGGUGAACAAUUUGACUGUAAUGAAAUAAAUAAACCAACAGUUGAUGACUUCAUCUGAGCAAAGUCUGCAUCCAA